AUGACCGCAGCGGAGACGGUCGUUGCUGUGCCUAUCGGAACUGGCCCUCCCACUCGAGAAGAACUGAGAGUUCACUACCCUGCACAAUUUACAUGGGAACAGCUUCGCGCCUUUGUUAAUUCCGGUGACCUUGGACUGCUCAAACGCCACAAGGCUCUCCAACAGCGCUAUAAUCUUUGGGUGGCAGGAAUAAAGACAGAACAUGGCUCGAUGGUCAAUUAUCUCGUCAAUCGUCGCUUGCAAUGGGGCAUGCCAGAUACGCUUUCGCUGCUCGGUCCGCCCUUUCCGCAAGACGGCAUACCUUCCGUUGCGACUUCCGCUGCAUUGACAGACCUGCAGUCAACCGCUACCGGCCUUUCACCUCCCUAUCUCUCUAUGAGCACGCCGGGUGAAUAUCUCAGUGUCAUCACGAACGACUGGCCGUACUCCGUUCCGGCUUCGGUUACCCAUACACUUGUCUGGACUAAAAUUCCCAUUUUCCAUCCCAGCUUGAUUGAUCCCUCUAUCCAAGCCCGCAUUGACCAAGACGGCCUCUGGGGCUUCACCGGCUCAUCGAUUCCACCACCGCCAUUGGAGGACUGUCUCGAGGCUUUGAGCGACUGGGGCGUCACGCGGGAAAAGAUGAUUGUGUCGGAAUCUGGGACUGAAGAAGAAGAAGCGCUGGUGAAGAAGGCCGGUGCUCCUGUGCAUGCAUAUGUCCUCUCCAAGUGGAAGGAAGAGGACUGGGAAACGGCGUGGUUCGUUAAUCCUCCCCGGCUGCAAAGCGUCCCUGGUCUUGCCCAUGUCCACGUUUUUGCCAGACGGAAAGACUGA